CCCCGCUCCAGCCGUCCAGGCACCCACCGGCCCGGGGGCUCCGCCGCCGCUGCUGCUGCUGCUGUUGCGCCGCGCUGGAGAGGUUCCAGCAGCGCCGCCGCCGCCGCCGCCCCCUCCGAAGCCGGGCAGGGGCAGGAGUGUCUGUGAGGGGCGUCCAAGAAUUCUUCUGCAGAGAAUCUGGGGUUUCAAGCCCUGGCUUUCAAAUUCCAAGGUGGAGCGUGGCUGCCUCAGUGCCAAGGGGGAAUGCACUCUGCACAUGCCUAGAGGAAUUAUCUGGGCUGUGUAUGCUCUAGGCUGAGCCUGAUGAGUAAAAGGAGGUCUCUGGAGGCCGCCUGGGCCCUGCGCGAGGCCCUCUUCCCCUGGAGCCAGCGUGUGGAGCCUGCCCCACACCCGCCCCCGCCCCGCCACGGCCUUUACCUGCGUCUUCCAGUGCUUUCCCUGCGACCCGUCCUGCGGCAGCGCCUCGUGGGCCGCCCGCGAAUUCCCGUCGCGCCCGGCGGCUGCUCCAAUGGUGAAGAUGACGCGCUCCAAGACCUUCCAGGCCUACCUGCCCUCGUGCCACCGGACGUACAGCUGCAUCCACUGCCGGGCCCACCUCGCCAACCACGAUGAACUCAUCUCCAAGUCCUUCCAAGGAAGCCAAGGGCGGGCGUAUCUCUUCAAUUCAGUAGUUAAUGUGGGCUGUGGCCCGGCAGAGGAGCGGGUGCUGCUAACGGGCCUACAUGCGGUGGCCGACAUCUACUGUGAAAACUGCAAGACCACGCUGGGCUGGAAAUAUGAACACGCGUUUGAAAGCAGUCAGAAGUAUAAAGAAGGCAAGUACAUCAUUGAACUGGCCCACAUGAUCAAGGACAAUGGCUGGGACUGAUCUGGGAGAGCCGCCCGCCCGCCGGCCGCACAGCGAGACAGCCACCCCAGUGGACAUUUGUCUCCCGGAACGAGAGGGCGGUUGCCAGCACUGGGGCUUGUGCGUUGGCGGAGGGGCUUCGUUGUCGUCUUGAGACGCAGCCUUGCGCCUGUCCUGCAUCCUCCUUGGUGGCCGGCCUCGAUACGUCUGUCUCUUUGCUUUGUAUCUAUUUGUGAGUCAACGUCUGGCCCCCGCUGCCCCCCCCCCUCUCUGUGUCCCGGUUUUCAAAAGCAGAAGGAAGGAGAACGGGGUCUGGCGACCAUUUUGCGACUGGCAUCGCGGUGCGAGCAGGCAGGGGGCUUCUGGGGUGGGGGUUUAUCCGAGGGAUCCGCCUUGUGCAUGGGAUGGAGACCCAUGGAUCUCCUUUUGGACAGAAGAUGAGGGGGUGGGAGGGAAAUCCGAGCAGGGUCUCGGCGGCCCGUUUUCUUUUUAAAUCCUGGCGAACCAUGGCUUGAAACUUGUGGACCGCAAACAUAUACCUCAUGGCUGUCUUCUCUCUGCGCCUCCAAACUGUCCUCCGCAUCUUCUCGCUAGUUCUCCCACCCCAGACGGGUGCCUGUCCCUGGUUUGGAGUGUGCGCCCUCUUUCCCGUUGCCCCAAACCCAUUCCCGCUCCCUGUUUCACGGGGAAGGGGUCCGUCUUUGCGUGCUGCAGCAGUGGUCCUGAGAGCUUGAACUCUCUCUCCCCCCUGCCUCGGUUUCCAUUUUAGGAGGUGCUGUGACCCGUCCUGAGCAGAGGCUUGGUCUUGGAAACGUAGGAGGUGGACAAACAAAAAAGCCAGGGCUGCAUUGAACAGGAACCUCUCUUGAGGAGCAUAGGAAGCUGCCGUAUACUGAGUCAGACCCUUGGUCCACCUAGCUCAGGAUUGUCUACCCAGAUGGGCAGCGGCUUCUCCAAGGUUGCAGGCAGGAGUCUCUCUCUCAGCCCUCUCUUGGAGAAUGCUGCCAGGGAGCGAACUCGGAACCUAAGAUGCUCUUCCCAGAGUGGCUCCAUCCCCCUGAGGGGAGUCUCUUCCAGUGCUCACACAUCAAGUUUCCCAUUCAUAUGCAACUAGGGCGGAGUCUUAUUCACUCUGCCUGCCCUUUUAAAACGUUUUUAGGCUCAGAAUGGCUUCUGUUUUGGAACAAGAGGAGGAAAGGUGGCUGUUUGCAAUGGAAUUAACUGGUACCCCUGGACGCAUUCUCUUCCCUCCCGCUCCUGCUUCCCUUCUCGGGCAGCUGUUCUGUGUUCUUGUGGAGAGCUUUCAUGUAGGUUAAUCUGCUUUGCAAAUCCCUCGCAAUCGUGUGGUGAGAAAGAGGGAGAUCUCCCCACAUUGGCCAGGACAUAGGAAUCCCAUUGGCCAGGACAUAGGAAUCUGCCAUAUACUGAGUAAGACCUUUGGUCUAUCUAGCUCAGGAUUGUCUUCACAGACUGGCAGCGGCUUCUCCCAGGUGGCAGGCAGGAGUUUCUCUCAGCCUGAUCUUGGAGAUGCCGCCAGGGAGGGAACUUGGGACCUCAGAUGCUCUUCCCAGAGUGGCUCCAUCCCCUGAGUGGGGGAAUCUUUUCCAGUGCUCACACUCCUAGUCUCCUCCCAUUCAUAUGCAACCUGGGCGGACCCUGCUUAGCUAAGGGGACAAGUCUUGCUUGCUACCACAAGACCAGCUCUCCUCUCCCGCCCACUCUCCGUUCCCUGCUGAAGGGCUCCCUGCUUCUCUGGAUUGGUUUGGGCCUAGCCCCACAUCUUCUCUUCCUGUCAGGAGGCGAGCACUCCAGUUAGCAGCACAUCUGAGGGGUUGGAAACCUCCAGGGAGCAGAGGGCAGUCAGCAGAGAGUGCACACCAGACCUACGGUGCAUGUGCCGAGCUGGCUGAGCACCAGUGUUCUCUCUAGCUGGGAUUCCCAGAUGUUGUGGACUACAACUCCCAGAAUCCCCAAGCCAGUACCGUGAUAGCUUGGGGAUUCUGGGAGUCGUAGUCCACAACAUCUGGGGAUCCCUGUUAGAGAGAACACUGUUGUGGACGACAACCCCCAGAAUCCCUAAGCAAAGCCAUUGCAGCUGGGGCUUCUGGGAGUUGUUGUCCACAACAUCUGGGGAUCCCGGUUAGAGGGGACACUGCUGAGCGCCACUGGGGCCUGAGAGCGGCUUCAAAGCAAGCGGCCCCUUCGUGCGGAAGUCGAAGCUAUCUGCUGCCCCCUCUCUCCGGUAGGCCUGCCAAAGCUCCCCUUAGCUGCAGCAUGUAGGGCUGUCCAGUGGCGACCUCUCUGCACGUGGAUCCAGGCCUUGCGGAUUUGCCCUCUCUGUGGACGGGGACCUGCAGUGCUUCACAGCGGGUGUAAACCUCGUGGGGAUGGUGGGGCUUAAGCUCCCUUCCGGGAUGGCCUGGCAAUGCCCCCGCCAGGCUGCCAAGUAGGGGGCAGUGCCCCUUGCCGCUUCCUAAACCCACCACUUGCGAAUGGCGAUCUCCCGACUCACAGCAUUACCAAAGAACUUCUCCCUUUUUGUCCCUGCUCGGCUGAAAGGUGCCACCUCAUCCUGGCGAGGGCCGUCUCCAGGAAGGAGAGGCUGUGCCCAGCGGGACAGCUUUGCGGAAGGAAGACCUCUGUCCUUGAGAGCUAGGCCCUCUGCCCCACGUGCCAAGGUUGUCCCUUUCUGCAAUCUCUCCUCCGCCUCCCAGUAAACCAGGGUUGGAUGCUGGGGCGUGGGGGGGGGGGGCUCCUCACCAUUCUAGCUUCCCAACUACAAGGUGUAGCACCGUUUGGUAGGGUUAUUCCCUCCGCCCCUUCUCUUUUUCUCUUUGCUCUGUUGGGACCUCUUGAUGGCUUCCUAAUCCGUAUCCAGAACCAGAUGCAGAUGAUGAUGUAUACAGAGCUUACCAAAUACUAUCUUGUGAAGUAUCUACUUUUUUUGUAAGUAAUAUUUAAUUUAAAAUAAUCAUAUAGUUGGUGCUUCCCCCCCCCCGUGCCCCCGAGAACACCUUUGUAGUGUAAUUCUGAAUUAUCCCCCCCGCCCGCCAUCCCCAGCCUGUUGCAAACAAGUAUUUAAAGGAGAAUAAGGAAGGUGUUUCCAUCAUAUUUCAUCUGGCGGGAAGCUGGACCUCUCUGUGGCCAGAUUCUCAGAGUGUGAUGGGCCGGCCAGGUUCCAGGAGAUGUUGUGGUUGCUGUCGUCUUGAGGCCCUCUGCUUGCAAAUAGGCUGUGUUGAUUUCAGUAGGACGCCUUGCAAGCUAGAAAGGGAAGUUGGGGGGGAGAGAAAUGCAGGAGGCAGCCUGGUCAGAGAGACCCUUUAAAAAGCCAGGUUUCCUUUUAAAAGUUCAUGGGUCACUUCUAGGGAUCGCUAGGUUUCUUGAAGCAUAUGCAGAAGUAAGUGUGUGUGUGUGUAUUUGGGGACUUGCAUUUGAGUAUCCCCAGGCGUUGAGUCCCAGGGGUCUUCAGCUGUGCAGCCCUCCGGCUCCUUUUUGACUACCAUGCCCAUCACCCCCGACUACCGGCCAUGAGGUGAUGGGAGUGAUAGUCCAGGAGGAGCUGUGGAGAGCUGCCGUUUGAGAUCCCCUGCGAGGCUGUGCUGCUAACUGCGAGAGAAUAUCUCGGGUCUGGUGCCUUUUUGUCUUUUCAGCCGCAGCUUGCUGGAAGCUGUUCCAUCCAGAGGCCUUUGGGGUGCUUGUGGAGUUUCUAGUCCUCACGGGGUCUGGAAACUUGCCGGGGUGGUAUAGGGGGCAAGGUGUUGCGCUUGAGUCUUGGUUCAGAUCCCCUCUCAGUCAUGAGAGGGGAUCUCUCUCUGUCCUCCUCCCCGCCUUGUCCCACCCAUCUUGGGGCUGGGGGAGGGCCCACAAGUGCAGGUGGAUGAUGGGAAUUGUAGUCUAGUAACAUCUGGGGCGCAAGCUGGAGGACCCCUGGCUUAAUCCGUGAUCUCUCUUGGUUCUGCCCUUUGCUGCUUUGACCAUGCCUGUCUCUGUCUCCGGCAGUUUGAAGGUGUGAGAGUAAAUCUGUUUCUGGUUUUGGGGGCCCGGGGAGGUGGUAGAUUCUGAAUUGACAACCUAACUGCAUCCAAUCUGGCUUGUCAAAGCAGAAGCAUUUGACGUGUUUACAUCUCUGGCGAUGAUGUCCUCUCUGUUUCGGUUUCUCUUCUUUCCCCCAAUUUGGAUUUUUCCGAUCUCCAAGUGGACCAACAGCACAAACCUAUUGGACUGAGCUUUGCUGAAUCUCUUGCAGCGCUGAUGAAUAUGGGCACACCUCCACUUCUGUCCCUGUCCCCACCCCACCCCACUUUCGGGUGCACACACAUGUUCAAAACGAAACCUGUUGUUCUCGUGAUCACGAAGAAGUUGUUUUCUGUGCGCGCGCUUGUGGUUCCCCCCCCCCGCCACCUGUUCUCAGAUUAAAAGAAUGAUGUGCUAAAUACACAUUUCAUAGCAUUAUGCACUGAUGAGAGAGAACGAAUCCUUUGCUUUUCAACCUGAGCCCAGUUUUGGGACUCGUGGGGUCACCGAAUAAAUAGUUUCUGUGGCUGAGAGAGGCCUGGGGAGUGGAACAUUUUGGAAUGACUGUGCAUUGAUUUUCAGGAAUCCUCCUUUAAACAUAAUAAUAAUAAAGGCUAGCAAAAAACCUGUUGAAGGAGAGAAUAAAUGGCUUUACAUUUUCAAGAAGUAGGCCUCUCGUGCAAGCACAGGCAGACGAGCAGGGAGGAGUCCGGUCCAAAAGCACCUUUUGUGCUUUUCCCUAAAUGAAGAGACGAUGUUUCCGGUACCAGCCUGUCGUGUUGACGCUCUUGUGUUUACAAAACUGUGUAUACUUAUUUCUCGGUUUAAUUUUAUUUGUAUUUUAUUUUAUCUGCUUAUUCUUCAGGUCAUUUUGCUUCGGUAAUCAAUGUUAAUUGUUUGGGGUUUUAUUUCUGAAUUUGUCUUCACCUCGUCCUGUGUUUGUACACUGUACAUAGUAUUUCAGUAUUAGAAGGAAGGAAGCAUUGUUUGUCCUAUUUACGAUACGUGUUGGUGCUCAUUUGAAAGAAAAAUAAACGUUUUCAAAUAUUAA